GAGGAAUAAACCGCAUAACUUCACAUCAAGUUGCAUACACUUUUUACUUUCUCUUCGCAAGAUGUGUUUAUAGGGAGGAAUACUUAAGCUUUCAUCGAUGACGGACACAAAACAUAGCCGUGGACAUUCUAGGAAGUUAAAAGUCGGAGUUGGCGGAAAGCCAGUGGUGGGUUUAGUUGUUGUUCAAUUACUUACGAUCUCUUUGACGAUGCGUUCCAUUUUGACAACUAGACUAAAUUUAGAGUGAACGCUAUAUUCGUUGUUAUUCUUUUCACAGCAAAGCUGGCAAAAUGAAGUCGAAAUGCAACCUACUAGUUCCUUGGGAAGGGCAACAGCUGCCCAGAAUACAGAUUCGUUGCAAGAAAAUGGUCCGAGUCGCCAUCCCGUCGCUCAGGGAACGCAACAAGCGUUUGCUGCCACUAUCCCGCGCGGAAAAAAAGAAGCAACCACAUUCCCAGCAUUUCACUCAAAGAACGCUCCGGUCAAAGUAUCCGUAACUGGAGAAUGGGCUCUGAAGGAAUGCGAGGUCCUUAACCAUUACUUUAUUAUUACUUCAUAACGGGCGUUGUGAUUUCAUUUAAAACAUUCUGUUAUUUGCAGUUACCGAAGUUCAGAUUCCCUUGAAUUCACUGAGUUUAUUCAAGCCAUCCGAGCCUUUGUGUUCUAAUGCCCUAAUUUUAAUACUGUACUUAGACUGUCGAGCUUUUUAGCGUAUUAAGUGUAUAAAUGUUGAUUUUAGAUUACCGGUGUCUGGUUUUAGCAAUGAAGGAAUAUUUAUGCAUUUUGAUCUGCAGGAACACACAUUCUGGGCUAACAAUUUGUUGAAGAGAGGAAAGAGGAGACUUAUUUCCGACAUCCGUCGUUCGAUUGGCGAUGGCCAAACUUUGGUUUAUGUUUUGGAAACCUUAGGUAAGAAUUGAGCAUCGCUAUUUGAUAUUGAUAUUAUACAAUACUUAGUAGCUUGUAAUGUGUAUGACUGUUUUACUCUUACAAACAAACAAAGCGAAUAUCGCCCCUCUUAUAUUGUUGAUGUCUGCGGUCCAUGUUUCCGCUCAGGGAACGAAGCGUCACAUGAAAUGAUUUUUCCCGUAUUUCCGUAUCAAGAAAGCUUUCUCUACACCUUUUUUUUGUUUAUGUCGUCGAAGGUUAAUAUAUGUGGUUUUGGGCCAAAUAUGAAAGAAAGUGGCUCUCAAAUCUGACUGGGGAGAUUACGGAUUGAUGAAAUAACUCAAACCAUGGCGUUACCAUCUCCUGAUUAGAUCUCGUUUACAUAUAACCUAGUCACUCCAACACGCCGGUAGUCCGACAGGAAAUGAGAACAUUCAAUCAGAAUAAAGGUUUUCAUCCCUUAAAAAUGAUAUACUAGUAACUUCUCUCUUCAAAAUCCACCAUUAUUUAGGAAAAAGUUGACGAGAAAAUGUCUUACAGUGUCGAACAGCUCCCUUUCAUCUUGAAAGCGCCAUGUAACAGCAAAUUAUCUCAUAAACUAAUUCAUAAUGAAAAUAUAUUGUAGCAAGAAGAGGGGAUUACCAUUCAGAUUUUGACAGUUGAAGUGUAAAGAAACAGUAGAUUUUAUUUAACUACGACCCGCUUAAGUGAUGAUGGUAUUUCCCAUUUCUGGCAAGUCAAGUUUGGUCUGCUUUAUGUUGCAAACUCCCAACCAUUCGUUCAUUUGAUGUGGUAUAUUUACUAGUACAAUGAUGUUUCCUUGUUGAUGGUUUUCACAAUUCUCAUUACAAUGUUGCUAUUUUAAUGAAAAUUAUGAUGCUUCUCACUCAAUCUAAAGGAUAAAUUUAUCACAAUUAUUGUCACUCAAAGAGGUUUUAAUAUCAAUAAUUCCACUUGUUAUUAAUAUGCAAAUAUGGAUAGCUAUUGUUCAAAAAUAAUUCAAAGAAUGCGCCAGUCCUUUGUCUUUUUUUACAUUCACUUAUUAGCUUGACACCAAAUAAGCAAAAUGAAAAGCUAAUAUAUUUAGUGAUGAUUAAUUUCUUCUACCAAUGAAACCAGAGUGAACUGAUUUUGCUGUGAAAUAUCACAUUGCUAUCCUGAUGUAUUUCAAAUUUUGGGAAGCCUUAUAUGUAGGCAUCUACAUGUAGUAAAUGUGCUUGGUUUAUUCCUGAAAUUGCUAUGGAGUGUGUAACUGUCAACUCAUCAACCCAAUGGUAUUGUCUGCAAACACUUAAACAAUCACUGUAUUUCUCAUCAACUAAUUCUGGCAUUAUACAAAUUCAUUGGAGUAUGCCAUAUUUGUCAAAUUCACAUUGGUAUUACUUUUGUCUAUCAAAUGGUGCAUCAGGACUUCUUAUUGCAGUGAAGAAAUGGUUUUCAGUGUAGCUGGUGAUGGGUUUUUGAAACUGCUUUGAUCAUGUGAAAAUGCUGAAAUGGCAGAAACGAAGAAGUAAAUGUGUUGUGUUUUUCACUUUGAUGUUAGUGAUAUUGGAAUCCUUGGUUUAUCUAAUCCAUGUUUGUUGACAUGUUACUGUACUAAGUGUUGGGAAAAGAUUUGCUGUUUUUGUCAGUAAUCUGUGGUUAAUUCAAUGUUCUGUCUUGAUUUGAGACUUUUUAAACAAAAUACUGUUUUACUAAACAUGUUUCUGUGAGUAAAAUAUGUUUUCUCAGUGGAUUUUAUGUUUAUGGCAGGUAUUCUUGCUUUACUAGAUUAAACAAGUUCUUCUUGAACUCUGUCCAGAAGUGAAACCCAUACACUUCAUGCUGUAACAUUAAACACACAGUUUCUUAUUAGUACAAAUGUUAGCAACAUGAUGUAGUUUGUGGCUUGGGAUGUCAUUCCCUGGUCAACAUGAAAUAAUUUUUUGUCCUCCACAUAUGAUAUAUUCAGAGAGUGCCAUGGUGUUCAUACUUCAACAUCAAUACUUGGUAGUAACAUGCUCAUAGUGAGAGUUAAAACAUUCUUGUAAACUGCAUUAAACUUUCUCAGGAUCAAAGAGAAUUAUUAUUGAACUAAAAUCAUCAAUGGUUGGCUCCCAGGACCUCAAAUUUUUGGAAGAAAAUUUAAAGUUUGGUCUCUCAAUGCAAUCCACAGAAAGAGGAAUUUUAACAUUUUCAAAUUGUUUCUUCAUGGUUCAGCUGUCCACUGCAUGUAGUUUUAAAGUAGGUUUACUGAUCAUCUUUUUGUGUUUCAGCUGGUCAGAAGAUCCCAGGGGUUUAUGCACGUCCAGUGACUAGGGCACAAAAACUAGAAAAUCUACAGCUAUGCAUGAGUUUCAUGGGAAACAGGAAUAUAAACUUACAGGGAAUCUAUGUUGGAGGUAAGGAACACUUUCUUGUUGCUAUUUUAAUUUGCUGUUUUAUUAACAUUAAAGGCAACUUUGUUUUUUUUAUUGAGUUCUUGUUGGUUUCCAUCCUUGUUAUGGCUUUUUUUUUUUUUUUUUUUUGGGGGGGGGGGGGGUUUAAUUUUCCUCCUUCUGCAGAAACCAACAUUACAUAUUCCAUUUAAAUCUUUAAACAGUGGACCCAGAGCCACCUUGUGGAAGUGCAAAUGCUAAAAUCCAGUUGAUGUACUGUUUAAUGUGGAUUCUUUAAGAAUGAAUAAAAUUUUGAUGUUUUAGAAAGUAUUUCAAACUAUGAAAAGAGAUCAUUUUCUAUUCAGGUAGAAGUACUUUUACUCUUAGUAUUUUAAUAUACUGGUAGUAACAGAAAAAUUGGGAAAUCCUAAAUUUAUCAUUAUUAAUUCUUACUCUCUAUUUCUUUAGAUCUUAUUGAUGGUAAUGUGAAAUCUGUGCUGAAUCUCUGUAGAAAUAUCAAAGCACAGUUUGAGGUGAGUUUUCCACAGUCAACUGACUCCUAGACAUACCCUUUUCUGCUGUUGAGUGCCUGUGUUAGGGCCAUGUCUGCCUUAAGAAGAGUUGCAAUGAAAAACCUGAAGGAUCCAAAUGGUUGCUAGCUGUGGCUGAAUUCAGAGACAGUUCUCUUGGUUUGUGAAUGCAAGCAAUUAGAGCUUGUGUUGUUAUUUAUCUUCUUAACCCUUUGAACCCUAAGAGUGACCACCAUCUGAUUUCUCCUUACAAUAUCACCCCUGAAUCAAACACCAAAGUCAUGAGAAUAAUGGAAAUGAUCACCAACUAAAGGAGCUCAUGAUUAUUAAAGAGAUUCUCCUUGGUAGCACCUUAGGAAAUGUACAGAUAGCAGUAUGGAGAAUAUGCAAACUGAUGUUGGGAUAUAAAGGGCUAUUAGAGUUGACAGACCAAUUAGAAAAUGAAAUCUCCAGAUGGGAGUGUUAAUUUAUCACAGCUUGUAUGAUUGAACUUCUGUUUACUGUAGGGAGGAUGGGUGUCUCCUGAUGGGCCACGCCCAGGCUCUUCUGGAUCCACCAAGGAGGAAGAUUUCCGAUUGAUGAAUGGCACAGCACCUCAACAUACUUUGACAAAUGGUAAUUGUGAUAUUAUUUUUUAAAAUCCUUGUGCAUAUCAUGAGUUAGUCUGGGGUAAUGAGGAUUUCCUUGGUGCAUAUUUUGCCUAUAACCAUCCGUUACUAGUUUCAAUAAAUAAUUUGCUAUUCAGUUCUGAAAAAUUGGAGUUGGAUCUGGGUAUCAUUAGGAAUGCCUCUGUUAAUUGUAUGUAGGUUAAUUCCCUGUGACAACCUUUUCAUGUUACCUGGGUUUUCAUAAGUUUUGUUUGGGUGGCAGGCAUUCAGAAAUUACUCAGCUUUGGAUCUCAAUUUUUAGUAGAUAGGAACUAUAAAACUCGAAACUCAAAUUUGUCAAUAUUUACUGUGAGUCAUUUCUGAUUAUCAUUGGUUGAUGAUUAAGUAGCGAGGCAAAACUCUUCAUAGGGAGGGGGGAAGUUUCCUUGCUGAUGGCUCUUCUAUACAACCCAGUUUAUGUCAUGGGGUAUAGAUUUAAUUCAUUUAUCAGAGGCUUAUAUUAAGACUCUCAGAUCAUUGACAGUAUCUGAGCAACUGUUCAACUAUCCCCUUCCUUAAUCCAAUGUUAACCCUCAGUAACUUGUCAUCAUAUGACUGUUGUUGAGCCAGGGGAGGGGUAGGUGCCUAGUUGCUCAGAUGAUAACAUUGAUCUAGACUAGAUCCAGAUCCAGAUCCAGAUUAAUCCAAUGUUAACCCUCAGUAACUUGUUAUCAUAUGACUGUUGUUGAGCUAGGGGAGGGGUAGCUGCAUAGUUGCUCAGAUAAUAACAUUGAUCCAGACUUUCUUGUACCAAACUUGUUUUGGUGUUUCAUUGAAAAAACGUGGAAGGCUUUCAAAAUUUCUCAAUCCUCUUCAAUCCUGAACAGCUAAGAAUAUAUUUUUUCAGGCCUUAUUUUCACUACUGCUCAAGUAGUGCACAUUGCUGCGAGGAUCACUUUCAUUCACAUCUUUAUCCACAGUUCAAAUAUAUGACUUUCAUAUGUUCUUAGCCGUCAUUCAUCACUUCAAGGGUUUAUUUGGAACCAACAUAAUGACCAGCUCCCAGUUGGCUUGUUAGCUCAGUUGGUAGAGCGCUGUACCGGUAUCGCAGAGGUCAUAGGUUAAAAUCCUGUACAGGCCUGAAUUUUUUUUCAGGCCUGAUAUUCACUACUGCUCAAGUAGUGCACAUUACUGCAAGGAUCACUUUCAUUCACCUCUUCAAUCCUGUUUGGCAAAAUGUGGCAAACAUCUGAUUGUGUGCUUUUGUGGUCCUUCGCCCAUGUUCAUGCAGAAUGUAAUCCCUAGAAUCAAAACAAGUGACUUAUGAAAUAAAUCUCAUGUACAAAUAGCAUGCAUCAGUCUCAGCUUUCCUUCCAUUGUGGCUGCUUCAGGUUAUGAUGUGGAUCCUCGACUACAUGGGAACAGUUCUGGAUACCACUCAGAUGAUGCAUCUCCCAUGAAGAAGAGCGAGGGAGCCCCAUUCCAAGAGUUCCGCAUGCCAGGAAUGCUUGACAGUCAUGACGAUCAUUCCAGGAAAAUUGUGCAACCCUCUGAUGUUGUUAUAAUGGUAUUAUUAUUUAAGAUUGUCAAAAAACAAACAAGCAAAUGGUUUUAGUCAAACUUACAAAUCUCAAUUGAUUGAAAUUUUUCCAACAUAUGAACAACAGGCUUCAGGUUGUGCCAUAAUUUAUUUGAUUGGGAAAUUGUCAACAUGUAAGAAGUGACAUUCUGUUUUAAUUGUGUUGCAGAGCCGAACAGAAUUGAACAAAAGAGGAGUCUUACAGACUAGUGAGAAUCCACAAGUGAGUGUACAUGAAGACGUUCUGUGAAUACCAUUUGUCCUUUUUUCAAUAAACAAUCAUCAAAGGUUCUGUGAUGGUUUUGGAGGAAUUACUGAGUGUCAUUUAUCUUCUUGACGAAAGAAGCGCAUUACACGAUUGUGGUUAAUAUGACCAACCCUGGAUGCCAAGAUUUUUUUUCACUUACAUUGUGUAGCGUUUUUGAAGAUUUUGGGAUUUUUUAUUGUCUGAUCUUUUCUCUUUGCGAUUAUCUUGUAGAUUCGCACAAACGGAACCAUUUCAUUGGAAGAAAGACUGAAGACAUUGUUGAGCUCUCCAAAUCCUGGAGGACAGGCUGGAGAGGUCAGAACACAAAUUGAACCAAUGAAGUAUACAUUUAUUUUAAUUUAUGGUGCUAUGACUUUGUGUUGUGAGUUGAUAGUCCCUCAAAAAUCGAGGCUUGAUUCAAGUUUCGAGACGUUCGGGCCUGUUCGAGAAAUUGAUCAGUCGAGUUUCGAGGCGUUCGAGACUUUCCGAGGGAUUAAGUUCUACGACGUUUGAAACCAUUCGAGGAAUAAUCAUGUCAAGUUCUAUAAAAUUUCGCGCCGAGGAAACAGAGCUAAUUGCACUCAUAUUUACCCCAAUCCUCAAUUUUGCCCUGACAGGAAACUGAGGAAGAGCUUAUAAUUCCACCGCCACCAAAGGGAAAUCAUUUUGAUGAUGAUGAUGAUGACGAUGGUGAUGUUGAGAGAAGACUGCAGUCGUUGCUGGAUGUCGCCGAGGAAGACAAACCUGAUAUGGAGAUGAAAACAAAGGACUUUAGUGGCUUGAAGGAGCUUGACAGGAUUGGUUAUGUGGUAAGUCCAAGUGGAAUUGAUAUAUUUGGUGAAAAUGAUAUUUAUUCUGUUACCUAAAGAGUCAUUGUUUGGUAAUCUUUAAUGUAAUGAAUCCAAAGGAAAGCAGUUACCAAAAUAAGGCAUUAUCAUGCUGGAGGCUGUCUUAAUCAUUUCCACAAAGAGACCAACAGAAAGUACUGUAGAAAGUUUUAACGAUUUGGCUAAGCAAAUUCGCAUGUCUUCUCCAAAAUACAGUGGCCGGCGGAAAAGUCAUUCUUGUAGGAAUUGAAAUUCACUUUAUGUAUCGCCUACACACUUUUUGUGUGUUAUUUGUUAACACAAUGCUGGAGAGUGGAAAGAAAAAAACUCUAUCACGUAGCUAUCUCAUACAGAAAUGACCCGAUUUUUUUCCAACGUCCUGGUUAAAGGAAACUGGUUUUAAUUAUCCGCGGUUUUGAAAAGUCGGAGUUAAAUUGCAAUAGUCUGAGUGGCAACUGAACUUUUCAACAAUUUUCAAUCUUAAGCCAAGUCACCCAUCACAAAAGACAAGAAAUGUUCAGAGAGGGCGAAGUCAAGCAAGGACUAGCAGUUUCACAGGCAGCGGUAAACCUGCAAGGUAAAUGAUAUAUAACUGAAGGUUUUAAAGGUAAUACAAUAUCUGAGUCUUUUUUGCGAAAAACAGUUGCACUUAAAUGUGGAGAUUUACUUUGGAAUCAAUUGAUUUAUUAACUACGGUAUGGAAAUGGUUUUAAGAAAACCCGCCCCAGUUUCUUAACCAAUCAGAUGCCAAACCAAAACCAGUCCUAGCUUAUUCCUGUACAGCUCCGCAAAUGAUCCCAGUUCCUCGCUUUUUUCCCCCACGUUUAACCCUGGUAGCUUUUAUUUUCUUUAAUGAUUGUCUCCUUCUGAAUUAACUCUUUAUUCUGAUGGGUGGUUUUUAUCACUAUGGCGUUGGUUGUACGAUAACUAGUAGAAGUGGGCUCUGCUUGGUACUUCCCUUUCACUUGUUCGCUUCAAAAACUCCUUGAAUAAUUAAACUCUUUUCACGUUUUUUUUUUCCGAAAUCUUUUCUUUGACAGAGGAGCAAAAUUACCAGCAGCACCACUGAAAAGACAGACAAGGCUCGAGUCCGAUUCGCCGGUUCAAUCGCCAAGAUUUCACCGAAAAUUGGCAACUGCUGUAGGAUUACCAACUAGAGCAACAGUUGUUGCAUCCGAAGUACAGGCCUCGCGGCCACAAACGCAAAGAGCAAAGGAGAGGUCCGGUGGCGAGAACAGCACGUACAGUGAAAGUGGCCAUGCUAAGAGGCUUGUUAAGGGUGAAGGCACACCACCAAAGAAUUUCCAAAGAACAAAUUCACGGUCAAGCUUUUUGAAACAGGUCGCUGAAAAGCUGGCGGAUAGAUCGACGACGCCAACUGUUUCUGGAUCAGAGUCUGUGUCUCCAGCAGAGACACCAAUGCUGCCUACUCUUUCACCCGCAUCUUCAGUGGGCACGUUUGUGUUUGUUAGUGAAUCAGACUCAUCUGGUUUAAGUUCUGAUGAAGAAGAAGAAAAUCGUCGUUGGCGGAGACGUCCAUCCGUUUCCUCAAAUAGAAGCAGAGGUGGGAGAGACAAAAGAAACUCGUUGGCGUCAGGUUUGUUUCUCUGUGAUUCCCUUAUCUUUUUAGCCUUUUUGGCAGAUAAUAUGGGUCAGUUUUGGUGAGCGCACGCAGAACUCUGUAUUCAAUAGUCUGCGAUUAAGCCAUGAUUUGAUAAUUUUGGUUUUUGCGUGCAGAACAAGAAGGUUAUCCUCAUGGUGCCCCUGUUUACCAAGGAAUAUAAAUGGAUUCAAACUUCUUAAAAGUAACCUGUGAUUGGUCAGCAUUCUAUCAAAGUGGGAUGACCUUGCUUGAAGUCCCUUCAUGCCGCUUUCUGCCUCGAACUCAUUUGAAGAACUUUGUAUAUAUAAAUCCUUUUUUACGACAUGAAUUACUUACAAUACAUAAACUCUAUCACAACACAUCACCAACAAUACGUUACUUACGAUACAUUACUUGCAAUCAGCUGCUUACGAAUUCAUUUGAAGAAAAUUUUGCUUAUGAGAAGGUUGAUCAACAUAGUCAGGACAUGUUUUAAUUUUUUAUAUCAACUGAGAAAUCUCAAGGACUCUUCCAUCUUUUUCGUCAGGAGCUAGCUCUAAGUAAAGAGCGUCGUUCACCUGUUUUGUUUCUGUUGUUCCUUUUACAGGGAAAGCAAAGAGUACUCCAGAUUUGCAAGAAAUUCGUACACAGGUAUUUUUUUGGAGGACAUUGUUUGCAUUUAAGUGAGACUUUUAACGAAGUUAACAUACGGAAGAUUUGUUGCUAAACUAGAUGGAAUGUUCAGCGCAAAUAGGAGCGGUAAACUUGGUUGUUCUGAUGUUAUUCUGGUGGUUUGCGUAAUUUUUUUAUCUUUUCAUCUGCAGCUGGAAUUCUUAGAGGAGAUGUACAGUGAGAUCUUGAAUAGCAAGGAUGUUGAAUCCAAGGAUUCUAAAAAGUCCAGCAAUAAAUUCAGCCAAAGAGCAGCUGCAAUGCAGGGUGGGUGUCCUCAGCUGUAACUCAUCCAACUAGGGCUCCGUUAAACUGGGCAUUAUGGAGAUUCGUUACAAAGCGCUUCUGCGCAGCCGUGACCUGCGACCACGCCCUCAUUUAGCAGCGCUUCAGCGCGUGUGUUUCUUCGCCCGCGGAAACGUAAGAGUCUUCCUGCGGGUGGAGUAACCCGCGUCUUGCAGGCAAGCGAAGCCGUUGUUACGUUUCGUCACGCAAUCUGAGAGUUGCGUGUCGAUUACGUCAUGCAGUCUGAGAGAGCGAGAUGUAGACAAGACUAGACAACGUAACCACAGGUGCUAAUGAUACAAUUCCUCUUCAAGCGAGUUACGAUUUUAGCGCUCCUUUCAAAGACACUCAAAAUCUCUUGCUAAGAAACAUUGAGUUUGCCUUGUGAGUAUUUGAAUUUUAAUAUAUUUAGCCCUGUGCAUUUUUUUUUUGCAGCUAGCUUGACGAGUUAUAAAAAACAGAGGAACAAAGACAUCAAGUAAGGCUAAUUUUCAUUUCUAGAAUGAUUAAGAUUUUAUGAGAAAUUUGGGAAGCCCCAGAUUUAAGGCUGGGACAUUGUGGAGGAAAAGUUGCUUCGACAUGCCUCUGUGAUGAAUUGUUUCGCUAGGUUCUUGCAGGAAACAAGUCACAGAGGCUUAUUUUAUUUAUUCAAACAUCGAACGAAUUCAAACAAGUUUGAAUUUGUAGGCCUUUUUUCCGGAAAAAUUGUCUCACAUGAAUUGAGAUUUUUACGUCGUGUGACAUGCAUGGAUUGAUAUGACGUGGUUCCGCUCCAUGUCGCUGCAACGUAACGCUUCAUUUCCCAAAUUUCAUGAUUAAUUUGGGUUCUUUACUUUAUUUUAUCUCAUGUUGUUAUUGACUUAUUUUGUGACUGAAAGGUUGCAUUUUGAUAGAAGGAAAUUCAUCGGAGUUGUGCACUAAUCCACUAAAGAAACACCAAAUUUCUAACAACCCGCUGAAUUUUACAAAGAUGCUUACAAUACAAAUUAAGGCGAAAUGAGAAUCAUUUGAUGUCAUUAACUUUACACUUUCUUCCUUUUUUUGGAAAGUCUUUUUCCGCGUCGAAAUAAAGGUCAAAAAGUUGUCAGAACCUCGUUCCAUCAGUGUCGCGUUUUUUUACCCAGUUAUGUUCUUAACAUGUUAACGACAAAUAAUAAGAAUAUAAAAAAAGAAGAAAACUAUACGAUAUUCAAUUUAAAUAUAGUGUUUUUGCCUAUUCAUUUGUCGGAGUGUUUGCAUUCUUUAUAAAUAGAGCCUGUCUGAGUUUCCAAUAUAGCUUUCAAGAGCAUCGUUUCCGAGGAAACAAAGCACAUUAAUUUGUUGAAAACAUGACUUGAUAUAUGUUUUUAGAAAUUGCUGACAAACGCCUUAGGUGUUCAUUGCUUUUAUUGCGCUUGACAUUGUCGUUUUAGGAAGUUGUACAGAGCCAUGUGUGCUCAUUUGAACUAUUUGAAACUCAAUAUACUCAUGGCUGAGAUGGCUUUUUAUAAUUGAUCAGAUACUGGCUUAUCAUCUCUGAUAUUCUUUCACAACUACACGAAUAAUGUAACCAAUAUAUUUUAGUGCGUAUUUGUGAGGCUCUAAAUAAAAAGCAAGUAAUUUGCGGAGGACGAAGCCAUGGAAAUUGAAUGAGAGGUCAAACAGGCCCCAUUUUUGACCAUCAUUUUCCUACUUUCAAUAAACUUUUCUACAAUAUUUUUACACAAUUCUGAGGCCAAUUUUCAGAGCCUUCUUAACUUUAUUGCCGUUCUCAGUAUUAAGAAAAACCUUUUUCCUGGAUAGACAAAAACAAAAUGAAUUAAAAACAAAAACCUUUUAACGGAAACCACUCGAGUUGUUGGCGUCAAGUGGUUUAUAGUAAGGUAUGCGUUGGGCCUCUAUUGACGUCACCAUGGUUACGAAUUUAGACAGAGUUUUUCCCGUCUUAUCGCUUUCAUUGGCAAGAGUUUUACGGUUGGCAUUUCUUGUAAGCAUAAUUUGCGUGAACAUCAUAGAAUGCCAGAGCAGAAAAGGUAUAUGUUACGAACUUUAGGUAAACAUAUCAAGCCACAGUAGAGAUAUUUAGAAGCGCUUUUUACGUGAACUGCAAACGGCAAGAAUCGAACUUUUGCUCUCUAUGGUUCAUCUGGUUUUGCCACAAUAUAGAAAUAUUUCCAUUUUCUGCAAUUAGAAGAUUCUUUUUUGUACUUUCCUGUUGGAUAUGUUCACUUUAAGGAUCAGAAGAGAAGUAAUUCGUUCGCCUAGCUGAAUAUCCUCAUUCGUUUCCUUCAACAGGGCAGUAAACAAGCGAUUUGGUCGCUUAGAAUCACACGUAGUCACUCUCGCCAGAAGUGUAGCUCAUUUGUCAUCAGAGUUACGUUCACAAGCUUCGCUCAGUCAGGAUGUGGACGACAUGAGACGACAAGUACAAGACCAACAGCUCAAAACUAAAGAGGAGGGUGACCCGGCCAAGGAAAGCGCCCAGCUGCAGUCAAGAGUGAAAAAACUUAAAAGGUACUUCUUGACAGUUUAUUUCUACAGUGGGCUUUUUUAGCCCUGAAAUAUCAAAUCCUUUAAGACUAAUUUCGCGGUAUAUACAAACAUCCCUGUGAGGCCAGUUUCUCUUUUUCCCUUCCCCCCCCCCUCCCCUCCCUUCUACAUUUCCCUUCAUGACUGGACUCAAUAUCCUGAGGAGAUGAGAGAAUUCGGAACCAAUGAACAAACAACAUUUCAGAUAGACAUUUCAGAUAUGGCAAAUCUAAGACUUGUUUUUUUACUUUUGUUAUAAUUAUUUUUACAUUCUAAUUACUAUAUAUGGAUCCGAUAGCGCGCGUCGAUCCUGUCGAGGUCCCCUCAUUACGAUCUCUCUUGUAAGUUACUAAUUUAAUGAAAUGCUUAAAACGAACAAUAUCCUUUCAUGCGGCUUAACUACUGCCGGUAGAAUAUAUGUAAUGGAACUUCGAUAUACCAGAAUCUUACCAUACCAGACACGAUUCAGACGCAUAACGAUUAAGUUAUUGAACAUUCUUUGAAACUGAAUUGUCGUCAUAGAGAAGAGGCUGAAUGCGAAACAUUAAGGGGAUAAAUUUUUUAAAGCAACUGUGAUGUUGCGUCGGUGGGGGAGUUGAACAAGAUAAUUUUGAUAUUAUUAACUGAGUCGAAAAUGUAAAUUGUUGGCCCUUCGUCAGAGCGAAUCGUCUGACGAAGUGCGAACGCUCGAAACGUCAGCUUUGAAACUCUUUAAGGUGGCCAAUUUACAUAUAUUCAGUUGAUAAUACCAAAAUUGUCUUUAAUGCGAAACAGUUUAACAACUUAAAAUUUGACUGAAUCCUUCAUUUCUGAAACUACGUCGUAACGCUCUAAAGAUGAGCGAAUGAAUUUGUUAAAAAUAGCAGAAAGUACGUCACGUUCGCUAUGUUUAGAUCUGAACCAGGGAAAUUGGAUAGUGUGUAUGAAGUCGCGCUUGCGGUUAAGCAACCACGGCAGAAAAAAAAAAUGCCGGAAGAAAAUUUUCUUCCGUAGUUUCAAUGAUUUAGUUGGGUUUUCCUUUUCUUGCGAGAAAACGUUUUAACUUGUUAAAUACCGUUUUGUACUGAACUCACGUUAUUCCUGGUUGGUAACCAAACAUAAGGAACGUGCAAUUUUGUAAGUGAUCUGAAGGAUAUUUAACAUAGCCUCUGUUUUUGUCUUUUUUAGCUUUUUCGGUGAGGAUCCUCCUCUUCUCGCACUCUUUCUGAAGAAGCUCGGAUAUGAGGUAAUGCGUAAUAACGCCGAGUGACGGCUCGUGACGUAAAUGUGCAUUUUUAGCGACACGAGCCUGUAGAAUACUUUGUUGUCGGAGGUUUUUCUGGUUUCUGAGUCAUGGUGUUGUCAGAAGUAAUACCACGACUCCUAGUUGGGAUAUUAGUCCAUUUUCCAAAGAUUCCCUUAGAGUUCAACAGGACAUAUUUUAACCUCAGGGUGGAUACUGCGGGAGCUAAGUGUCUUUCCCAAGAACGCAACAAGGUGAACUCAACUCAGGUCCUUCCCUGGCCUCUUUGGGUCAUACACAUCAUCGAUCGACUGUUUGAUGUGACAAUCGCUGUCUCGUAUAUGAAACUGUAUUUACGGUUAAGUUUUUGUAGCCACAAAUUCAAUGAAAAACGCUGUUUAUUGCAACCCACUCUUCCGAGUUACGUGAUACGUAUUCAAAGAAGUGGAAAAACUUCUUUAUUUAUAAUUCCUGUACGCCAAAAAAAAUACGUAACCGGAGUUGGCCAUUCAGGAAUUGGUCAAUAUGUAAGAAAGUCUUUUGUGUCGCCGGAACGUCACGAAUUUAUUUAAGUCCGGGGAAAUGAGACUGAAUUUCCUUGAAGGCUGUAUCGUUAUAGAAACAUUUUUUGGCCUAUUUUAAGUAGCUCUCCUUUUUGAAAUCGCAAUAGGGAAUAAAAAAUAGCCAUAUGUGUGUCGACAAACUAUGCGGUGCUUAUUCGUUUUCCAGCAAAAUAUAUUGCCGUAUUCAGUAGUUUCAUUCACGAUUGUCAAAAUUCCCACAACCAAUCCGUCAUUUCAUUCGUCUGAACCCUUUACACCCUAAUAUCAGUAUGUAUAUUCUCCAUACUGUUCUCCGCACAUUUCCUGAGGUGCUGGGAAGGAGAAUUUGUGUAACAAUCAAGAGCUUGUUUAGUUGGUGAUGGUUUCCUUUAUUCUUAUGACCUUAAAUCUGUGAUUCAGGGGUGAUGUUUGAAGGAGAAAUUAGAUGACGAUCACUCUUUGGGGUCAAAGGAUUAACUAUGUUCUCACUUCGUGUUCCAACAGAGAUUUGUAGACAACUUUGAAGCCGAACAAGUUGGCAUUCUGGAGGUGGCCUACAUGACAGAAGAACGAUUACAAGGCCUCGGAAUUCCACUGGGUCCGAGGUUGAGAAUUAUGGAAGAAGUUAAGAAAUUUGCCUUGGAACACACAAAGAAAGUCCGCUAAACUUUGUAACAUGUAUUUUAAUUUAUAUACGUGGUUUUCUUUCUCCCUUUUUGAAAAUUAUUUAUGAUACGGAGAGAGAGGGUCGAACAAAAAAAAAAUAUGCGCAACCAGGUUGCCAAGUUAGCAUUCCGCCUUGGCAUGCUUCACCUGUCACGCAAUCGUCCCAAAAGUUGAGUUUGAGAUCUUCGACUAAACUCGUUUUCAGUUGCACAAAGACAGUUGUGAUAGCAAUCUUAGCUGGCGUGUAGGCCCUCAUCAGUGCUGCAGGACGUGCGUUUCUUCGCCAGGCGGGAAGAUUUAAGAGACGGGGAGAGGCUAGGUUUACCAUGGGUCAGGCACAAAUUAUCAUUUCUAGAUCCCUUAAAGACCUCUCGCUAGUUCGCGAUGCUCUCCCGCGGGCGAAUAAAUGCUCGUGCUGAAGCGCUCAUAAUGAGGGCUUGCUCCCAGGCUUCAGAAAUCCCGUCAGUUGUCAAAAAUUAAGUAUUGGUUAUGGACAUGACCUAAGACUUGUCAGUGACGCUUCUUAAAGAGAAUUCACUAGCUUUAUUUGUAUGUUUGAGGUCAGAAUUCUUAAAGGUGCCCUGUUUGUUGCUAUUUCAUUCGUAUUAAUUUUAGGACUAGUGUCGUGUCCUUGGAUUUUUAAAAAGCAGGUGUAAAAAUGAAUUAGAAAAUAUUUUUAUAACGGAUAAUUUUUACCUCGAUGCAAGACCUCAACUGAAUCAUAAAUUAUCUAUUUUUAUAUAACCACUGCCCAUGCAUAUGUUUCAAAAAGCAACCGUCAAGAUAUUUAUAGGAUAAUGCGUUACUUUCGGUACUUUCAAAUCGCUACGUCAAGUCGAUGCGGGCCCUACUAAACUUGAUUCAUGGGCAACAUUGUUGAAAAAACUUCAAACAUUUUCAAAAUUACAUAACUCAGUGACAUUUCAAAUUUAGUACUUUACGCAAGUGGGGUAUUCGUUCAUAAUAUUUCAAAAUAGCUUCAGAGAGAUGUAUAUUUCCCCAGUUGAUAUUUUAUAAU